AUGCACGAUCAUCGGUCGGAAGAUUCGAUUGAGGACUCUGAUCCCGACGCCGAGUUCGGGGGCCACGCUGCCAGAGUUGCUCUGGAGAAGAAAUUAUUGUGGAAGAUCGAUCUUCGUAUGAGCAUCUUGAUCGUCAUUUACAUCCUGAAUUAUAUCGACCGAAAUAAUGCAGGCACCGCGUGGCUACGCGGAUUCGAGGCCGACUUGCAUCUGCAAGGCCAGCAAUUCCCUACUCUCCUGUCUAUCUUAUAUGUGGGAUACAUCAUCAUGCAAAUUCCGUCGUUCGUUACCAUCAUUUCCUAUCUCCAUGUACAUGUGUCUUUAAUGGACCAAUGA